AUGCGCCCACGUUGUGUUGCUGACGUCAGUAACUCUGGCAGCCCAGCUUUGUGUAUCCGCCAGCAGGCUGCGUGGGGUGGCAGAGAGGGUCUCUCAGGGCCUGACCUCCAUGUCUCUGUGUCUAGUCUCCACCACUCUGACUGUGUCAUCAAGAGAGAACACGAGAAAUGUAUGGAGAGGAUGGCAGAGGAUGACCCAGAAAACGACCUAGAGUUUAGGUGCCCAUGGUUGUGGGAUAACCUGACGUGUUGGCAGCCUGCCCGGGUGGGAGAGGUGGUUGUGGUCAGCUGUCCAGAGCUCUUCAUCCAGUUCAUGAGCGAGGAGGACGAUGAGCUAGGGAAGGUGAGUCGUAACUGUACGGAGGGCGGCUGGUCUGAGACCUUCCCUCACUAUGUGGAUGCCUGCAUGUUCGACGAACCCAACGGAACCCACGAGCAUCCGGACAUGUACUACGUGUCRGUGAAGGCUCUGUACACGGUGGGGUACAGCACCUCUCUGGUUUCUCUCUGUACAGCCAUGGUCAUCCUUUGCAGGUUCAGGAAACUGCAUUGCACCAGGAACUUCAUCCACAUGAACCUGUUUGUGUCAUUCAUUCUGAGAGCCAUCUCUGUCUUCAUCAAGGACGGGGUUCUGUACGCAGAGGAGGACAGCAACCACUGCUUCUUACACACUGUGAGUGAGUGUAAAGUGAUGGUGUUCUUCCACUACUGUGUCCUAUCUAACUACUUCUGGCUGUUCAUUGAGGGCCUGUACCUCUUCACUUUGCUAGUAGAGACAUUCUUCCCUGAGAGAAGAUACUUCUACUGGAAGAUAUAUACCAUCAUUGGCUGGUUUUUUGUGUAUUCAGGGACCCCCACUAUAUGUGUGGUGAUAUGGGCAGUACUCAGGCUGCACUUUGAUGACAUAGGGUGUUGGGAUAUGAAUGAUAAUGCUGGUAUCUGGUGGGUGAUUAAGGGACCUGUGCUGGCCUCUAUCAUGAUCAACUUUGUCCUCUUCAUCGGCAUCAUAAUCAUCCUGGUCCAGAAACUGCAGUCUCCAGACAUCGGUGGGAACGAAUCCAGUAUUUACCUGCGUCUGGCGCGUUCCACCCUGCUCUUGAUCCCUCUGUUUGGGAUCCACUACACUGUGUUCGCCUUCUCACCCGAAGACGUCAGCAAGAGGGAGAGGCUGGUGUUUGAGCUAGGCCUAGGCUCCUUCCAGGGCUUCGUUGUGGCUGUUCUCUACUGCUUUCUGAAUGGAGAGGUGCAGUCGGAGAUCAAGAGGAAAUGGCGCAGCUGGACGGUGAACAGGUACUUUGCUGUGGACCUGAAGCACCGGCACCCUUCGUUGGCCAGCAGUGGGGUGAACGGGGGAACGCAGCUCUCCAUCCUCAGCAAGAGCAGCUCUCAGAUCCGCAUGUCCAGCCUACAGGCCGAGUCGCCAGCCACCUAAGCCACCUGAACUUCAACGGUGAAGCCCAGGGCCAGAGCCAGGGAGAGACCACCACCACUACUACUACUACUACUACUACUACUACUUCUAUCACCCCUA